CAUGCUGGACACGCCACCAAUCAAUGUUGGCCCAGACAAAAGCGUUAGGGCCUCGUUGGCGGCAGGUCAGUUAGCGCAAUGAGUUCCACUUGGCGUUCUGUGUUUGGAUGCCUCUUGGGGCUGGCGAUGCUUAUGUGGCUGGCCCGCUGCCAGGAGGACCUGGAGCUGGACUAUUCGAAUGAGUAUGACGAUGUGCGACCGCAGCUAAGCUACCCGGACGAGCCGAGACUGGAGACACGCCUGGCCGCAGCGGCCCAGGAGCUGGGCCAGAGCAUACGGAAUGCCUGGCAGUCCAUGGCCGACUCGUUCCGCAGCUACUUCGAGAAGCUGCGGCAUCUCUUUGCCGAUGGUGUCGAAGACAAUGCAGAGACCUUGCUCGUGAGCAACUGAUCAGAGCUGCAUUCACAGUGAAUUGCAAAGCUAAAUAAAAAA